UAGUCCUGCUUAUUUGCGUAUGCGUUGUUUGUUUACAAGUUUGCUGUCGUCUCUUGUAAUUUGUAGACUCUUUCAUUAGUUUAUUAUGUUUCGAGGAAUUUAUUUUCUUGAAAUAUAUUACAGCUAAACAGGAGUAUACCUUAUUUUAUGCAUACCAACAACAAUCCAGAAAUUUCUGUGUUCUAAAUAAUGAAUGAGAAUUCAGUUUGUUUUGAGAACUUGCCUUCUGAAAUAAUUGAAAAUAUUUUUAAUUGUGAUAUUCUAUCAUUUGUUGAUUUAUGCAGAAUAAGCUGCGUUUCUCAAUCUUUGAACCUUAUCGCAAGAAGUAACAAAUUAUGGCGGAGAAAGUUUGCUCUAACAUAUCCCGCAUCUGUAUUAUUAUAUGAUCCUGUUACAACUGAUUGGAAAUACGAAUUUCGGAGAAGGCAUGGGUGCGAAUUGUCAAUUUUAGAGAAAUUACAAGAAAUGGCUAUUGACUUCUAUCACACAGAAAAUGUCUCAAGUGAUCAAUUUUUAAACUUCAAAUUUGUAUGUUCUGAUCAUCCCUUUGGUCUUCAAGUAAUCAUUGAAGAUUUAUGGCAGAUUGUGACUAAUACUGACAGUUAUCAUAAUCUUACAUUGAAAUAUUAUGCAAAAAGAGCUUUAAGAUUUAUGCGGCACACUUAUUUGGAAACAUUGUGGCAUGAUUUCUUGGAAAGUGAUAAAAAGUCUUUGUUAAAAGGAGCAUGUCUUUUAUCUCAGUGGUGCCAGCCUUCAGAUGUCUAUUGUACUAAUAUAGUGAGUGAGCAUAUAAAUGAUAUAGUAAAAUUGGUAUAUGAAGAGGUGAAGAAAGCACAUCCCCAUCACCCUGUUCUCCGACAAAAGCCUCGUCUUGUGGUAAAUGAUUGCGGUGAAGUUCUUGAGAAUUCUCUUUGGGAACCUUAUCUAUGUAGAAUGAUUUUAGAAACAAUAAAUGAAGUCAUGUUUAAUAAAUUGAAAUUUUCGGGCAACUCUGAGCUAUUUAUGUCUCCAGAAAACAAUUAUAUUGACAAGGUAUUAAUGGCGAAGGCUGGUUAUCCUUCAACGCUUAGUGUAAUCUAUGCUACUGUUGCUGCUCAACUCGGUGUUAACUGUUUGCCAGUUUGUUUUCCUGGUCAUUUCCUUCUUAAAUGGGCCGAACGUCCUUAUAUGACUGGAGGCGAUUCAUUUACAUAUAUUGAUGUUCAUGACGGUGGAACUUUCAAAACAAUGGAUACGUUAACAGAUUUGACAUCUGGAUAUGAUAGACUUUCCGAAUCCUGGUGUGAAGCAAUUUCUCCUGUCAGAGUAUUUACUACUAUGUGCUGGAGUUUGGUUGAAAUAGCUAGACAGCAGGAUGGAGAUGGAAAAGGAUUAUUAAAUUUGUGUAAUGCUUUAGAAUUAUUAUCCAUUUUGACUCCUACUGAUACAGAUCAUAAAUUACUCUUAGUGAGAGUUUAUAUGCAUCUUUGUGUCAAUAUGGCUCGGGUUAUCAACUUACUGCAGGAAAUAACUGAAAAUGAUCCAAAUGCUACAGGGAUUGUUAGCUAUCUGUAUCGUUCUGCAAUUACUACAUUAGAAACUCAACGUAUUAAAUCUGAAGCAAGGAAGCUUAAAUGUCAGCCUCGAGAUGGCCUCCAGGGUGUCGAGUUUGCAGUUGGAAUGAUUAUGAAACACAAAAAGUACAAAUACCGGUGUGUAAUAUAUGGUUGGGAUGUAACAUGUGCAGCUGGCAAAGACUGGAUUACAAGCAUGGGAGUGUAUGAGUUAAAAUAUAAAGACCAGCAACCAUUUUAUCUGGUUUUGGUUGAUGAUGGAACAAACAGGUAUGCUGCUCAAGAAAACUUGGAAUGUGAUUAUGAGUUGAAGCCCAUAAUGCAUGGUGAAAUAGGUCGCUACUUUGAAUCCUUUCAUGGCACAUAUUAUUUUCCAAAUGAACAGAAAUUACAGGAAUAUCCUGAUGAUACUAUGGUUAGAGAACAGGUCUUAAAUGUAAACCCCCAAUUUUUUUGCCAAGAAAAGGAUAAAGCCUAAGUUUGUGUUUGUUUUGUUAUUCAGUCUUUUGUACAUAAUUCCCCAUAAAUGUUCUUGUGAUAAUAAAAAAAUAAAUAAAUCCAUCACUAGAUCUGUUUAACUUUGUUUAAUAUAUUUUAUGAUUCAUUUAAAUAUGUUUUACAAUAUAUAUAUUUCUAUAUUUCUGAUUGCUGUAAUGGAUGCUUUUGUGUCUAUGGUGAAUGUAAUAAGAACCUUUCAUAACCACCCCAGAAUGUACAAUGGACAUAAAAAAAUGUGAAGAAAACUUAUUUGUGUAGUAAUUUAUGAGUUUAUAAAUGUUUUAAUUUUAGGAAUAAUAUUCUAAAAUGGGUUUUGAAACUAAAUUGAAUUAAUUAGUGUUAUAUUUUAUAAGCUAUGGAAAUUUUUUAACUAUGUACAAAAGAAAAUUUGCAUCUUAAGGCCAUUAGUAAUACCAAAUCUAGUAAUAUAAAAAAAAUAAAAAAAUAUACAAGCUUUCAAAAAAAUUUCAAUUUUAUGUAAAUAAUGUACACAUGAUUGAGCUCUUGAUUGCAGAUAUGGUCAUUAUAUGUAUUUUUUUUUAAUACCUGAAUACAUUCUGUAAAUUAUAUGGUCUCACAAUCCCGAAAUAUUUAUCUUCAUGUUGUUGUUUAAAAAAACUGUAAUCUGUGUUUUAAACAAAACAAAAAAAACAUGUAGUCUAUCGGUGAAUAAAUAUUUUUUUUUAGAGUA